AUGGAACCUGCAAAAUUAUUGAACUAUCGCGACAGUUAUCUGUUCUUCCAUAAAAAUCCGGUUUUAGAAAGAAUACGGUUGACGGAAGAGGAACGCAGCUGGCUUGUGGAUCAACGAUUACUGGUGCAUUGGUUCCGCAAUCGCGAUGUGGCUGUCGUAAGCGCACGAUCGUGUUUCAAAUGCUUUGGAUCGCGCAUUAUCAAACGCGGCAAAAAAGUCAGGGACGAUUAUUUUGAAGCACGGGCACGAGAAAUGGGAUACACGGAAGAAGCAGACGAGGACGUUGAGGAUUCAGAAGCAGAAGGCAACAAGACUGGUCGCCGUGCAUUGAUUUCACGGACGUCACGGUCAGCUGGCUAUGAUGCGACAACACCUAUCAACAACGCAACGUGGAUGCAUCAUGCUGCCUUGGCGGUGAGAGGAUUCAAUGCGCAACUACACGAACGUCGUGCGGAAAAAUCGGUCUUUUACGAUGUACACACCAACAUUAACCAGAUUGCUGCUGCAACGCAGCCCACGCGUGUCAAGUUUGAAUGUGUCGACAACAAAAAGGACGAGUUUACACUGGAGGAAAUGCAAUUUGAAAAAUCACCAGCAAAUGCAUUUCGUGGGGUUGGUCGCGAUCUGUUGGAUGGGACGUAUGAUAUCGAUGCAGCAGUGAGUGUUGUUCCGGAAAAGGCGAGAAAGUCGGCAAAAGCAUUGCUUUCUGUCAAGCAGCCAUUCUCCGAUCCUAACGACGAGGACGAACGGUACCCCAUUGCAAUCAUGGACGGCCAAUAUCAAGCUGACUUCCCGAUGGAUCUCACACGGUUUAAUCAGCCCAAGCCAAAGAUAGCAUCGCCGUUCGCAAUUGCAACUAAUGCACAAUCAGUUUUUGCACAACAACACUACUUUAAUCAAAUGUACCAAGUCAUGAACCACCAAAAUAUAUCCCAUGGAGCUGAGCAACAAGGUAAUGCCAUCUAUCGGCCGCAGCCUCCUCCUUCCACAGCACCUGUGAUGCAUUCACGACACAGCCACGCUUCACCUGCAACAGUCCCACCGCCACUAUCAGUACAACAGCAUCCAUCUCCACCCCAUUUACCUAGACCUCCCAUGCAACAUCAACAUUAUCCACCCAUGUCUCCGCACCAGAAUGUAUGCGGCUAUCAUUCAAGCAAGGGCCAAAUUUGCAAACGUGCUGUCAUGUUUCCGGGAGAAAAAUGCCAGUACCACGUACAUUAUGCCGCCUCCAGAGCUCCGCCGGCACCUGCACAUCCGCCACCAUCUCAGCAAGCACCGUCUUUUGAUGAAAACAAAUGCGCCGAAUGCCACUAUCUAAGCGCACCAUCCGAAGCGUUAUCCAAAGACGAUCCUUGUGAUGCGUUUACUAUGAUCAAUUGCAGCAAAUGCACGCGCAAAUAUCAUCCUGUAUGUGCACAUUUGAAAACACCGAGACAGUUGUCCGCCGCUGAAUCGUAUCCAUGGGCAUGUCCAGAAUGCAAGGUGUGCUGUGUGUGCAAGAGCGCAGGCGACGAGUCAACGCUGAUGAUUUGUGAUGAUUGUGACCGAGGCUGGCACACUGGAUGUUGCAACCCAAAGGUGGAGAAGGUUCCUGAAGGAUCAUGGCUGUGUCCCCUAUGUGCGGACUGCCACGGAUGUGAUGAACAAGGCGACAAACAAGAGUACUUCCAUGCUCUGGCACCACCAACGGGCGAUAAGAUCAAAUACCCAGUUUAUCUAGCAACGUACUGUGGCAAAUGUUUCAACAACUUCAAGAACGAUCGGUUCUGCCCAGUAUGUAUGAAGACGUUUUCCGAAGAAGACGAGAAUGACGACGAAGAAAACGAAAUGGUGGCAUGCGAUUCGUGUGAUCAUUGGGUCCAUACAGGCUGCGACGAAACGCUUACUCCGGAGAAGUAUCAAAGUCUGUGCGAUGACGAAGAAGCCAAGUACACAUGCCCGUUGUGUGCCGACAGUGUCAAGCCAAGCCAUCAGACGACCGCUGCCACAUUGGCUCUGAAGGGCCAAGCUCAGCCAGGCGGUUGUAGUGUAGGAAUUGUGGGUGGAAAGAUCAAGACACGUGGUGUGGUGCGGUACAAGAGCCACAAGGUUGCUGUGCCGGAAAUCAAAGGAACGGGAAUUGCUGAAAUGCCCUCC